CUUUGGCAUCCACUUUCAGGACAUAACCGCAUAAAGCGCUGAACUUGCGGCAUUCUGCUUGCGGGAGAUCCACAGCUCAUUAAACGUUCAAACAACAUGGUGGUCCUAUCGAAGGGUUUGCUUCUCUGCCUCGUUUGGCACGUAACAGGCCCGAAUCUAUUUGCACUAUCUACUCUGGUUCACGAGGCCGAAGAGUCCAUCGUUUUUGUCCUUUGUGAUCCUCUUUACUUACUCAAAGUUACAUUGAUGUCUAUAUCGGUGUCAGGCAGACCACCGGUGGUUCUGAACGACCAAAAUGCAUACCGGCUGACCUUGUUAGACGAAAAUGAGCUUGAUCAACACUAUCCAAGUGAAUACGGUAGUAUUCCACAAGAACAGGCUGAAAGGAAAGCUGAGAUUGAAUCGAUGAAAAAUGAACACGAGAAAAUUGAGAAACGCAUCAAGCAGCUCAAGGCGUUACCGGGGCAAACCUCUAAAGCUAAAGCCCUACUGAAAGAGCUUCAUAAAAAUCUCGAUAUUCCAAUGAAAGAAAGAUUCCUUCAGCUCAAAUUGACACCGACCCAAUCGCCGGGAACUAGUUUCAAUUUGGAAGCAGAUACGAACCAAUUGGAAAAUACUUGGAAUGUCUUACAGACACAGCUCAUUCGAACCGUAUACAGUAAGAAGCAUGUGAACCCCGCAGAAGCAGACUUCGUGCUUGAAUUUACGAAGUCCUUCUUUCUUUUGGGCGACUACAUCUACAAAUAUGGACUGCUGCCCGCACCGUUUAUCAAACAAAUCGAAAUCUUCCACGGACCCACUAUCUUCGACAUCAUUUCGCGCCACAUAAACUAUAUGUUUCGUGGAAAUCAGGGAAACUUUUUUGACCAUGCCGAGUCGGUGAUUCCUCAGCUAGAGUUUUUAAAAACUGCUCCGUCUGUAAAACAUUUCCACAGAACUAUAAAAGCCCUCCCUGAUUUGUACGAUAUGUAUGUCGUCCACUGGGCGCUGGUUUCAAUCAUGUUAAAUGCGAAAUCCCACUUCGCUACCCAGAGCGCCAGUGGCAGAUUUGAAGCUAUUCGCAGUGGAUUUGUCGAGGUUACGUUUUUGAAUCGAGCGCAGCACCUUUUAUCAGAAUUGAAGCAAAAUCCUAAUCUGAAUUAUAGGCUCGAAAGUGAAAGUAUUUCAGCAGUCAAUCUUAUAGGGGAUAUGGCCAACUAUUUUCAAAAACCGCCGGCGAACACACUCUCGAAUCAAAGGAGGCUGGAAUUUCAAAUAGUUUUUUACGCUUUGGAUUUCCUGGACCAGCAUUGCCAGCCGCUCGUGGAGGCAAUGGUACGAAGGGGAGACAUCAGGUCGCCUUUCCGCAAGCAGUUGAGAUAUAUGAGGGGCUACCUGAAAUUCUACCAGAACCAAUUUCACGAGCGGGCUGGUUCUGCCCGCGUUGAACAGGAUAUGACCUUUUUAGAAUUGUCCAAAGACGGCGCCAUCCGCGAUUGGAUCGAGAUAAUUCCCCUUGACUCGUUCGAACACAACAGGAGCCUCAGGCGAUCGCCUAAAUUUAGCCUCUGGAUGGGCCAGAAAAGCUAG